GCACAGAGCAGCUGUCAUUGGGUCGGAGCGGGUGCCCGUGCGCGCUGCAUAUAGCGAGACUAUCCUGUUUGAAGAUUAUGCUGCAGCUCUUUGGCCAUCUUGUAUCAGACAGGAUGAUACGUUGAUUUAAGAAGAAAAAAAAAAAUAGAAAAAAAGAAGAAGAAGAAGAGCAUAGGAGCACAUUUUUUUUUUUUUUUUUUUUUUAACGGAAGACGGUCGGUGGCACAAUAAUAGAAUUAAAUAAAUUAAUUAAUUAACUAAAAAAAAAAAAAAGGGCAAAACAUCACGUCUGCGCUGAAAAGCACCUCGAUCGAGUUGUGGAUUACUCCGAGGACACCGGACUGAAACCAUGAGCUGGGGGUCAGAGCUAUGGGAUCAGUUUGACAACUUGGAGAAGCAUACACAGUGGGGGAUCGAGUUCGUGGAGAAGUACACCAAAUUUGUCAAGGAGAGAUCAGAGAUUGAAACCAGCUAUGCAAAACAAAUUAGGAAUUUAUCAAAGAAGUAUCAACCCAAGAAGAACUCACGAGAAGAGGAUGAGAGCAAGUACACCUUCUGUCGAGCCUUCCUGACAUCCCUGAACGAGUUGAAUGACUACGCGGGUCAACACGAGGUCAUAGCGGAGAACCUGACGUCUCAAAUCAUCACCGAGCUUUCACGCUACCUUCAGGAGAUCAAGACCGAGAGAAAAUCGCACUUCCAUGAUGGCCGUAAGGCACAGCAGCACAUUGAGAGCUCGUGGAAACAGCUGGAAGCAUGUAAAAGAAGGUUUGAGAGGGACUGCAAAGAGGCAGACAGAGCACAGCAAUACUUUGAGAGGAUGGAUGCUGACAUUAACGUGACUAAGGCUGACGUGGAAAAGGCACGACAGCAUGCUCAGUCGAGGCACCAGAUGGCUGCAGACAGUAAGAGCGAGUACUCCUCCUACCUGCAAAAGUUCAACCAGGAGCAGAAUGAACAUUACUUCACAGUUAUCCCCAACAUAUUCCAGAAACUUCAAGACAUGGAGGAGAAAAGAAUUGACAGGAUAGGAGUGUGCAUGAAGACGUUUGCCGACGUGGACCGACAAGUGUUGCCCAUCGUGGGGAAAUGUUUAGACGGCAUGACGAAAGCCGCCGAGUCCAUCGAGCCCAAGACUGACUCCAAGCAGGUGGUGGAGUCCUACAAGUCCGGGUUCGAGCCCCCGGGAGACGUGGAGUUUGAGGACUACGGCCAGGCCAUGAAGAGGACGGCGUCUGACACCAGCCUGAGCAACUCCAGAGAGGGCAAGGAGAAGCCCGCCGGCAAGAGCAAGGGCAAACUGUGGCCCUUCAUUAAGAACAAGAACAAGCUUAUGUCCCUGUUAACAUCCCCCCACCAGCCCCCACGCCCCCCAGCCUCAUCCCCGCCCUCACCCUCUGCUGUUCCCAACGACCCCCAGUCUCCCAAGCAGCACAAGGAGCCCCUCUCCCACCGCCUCAACGACUUCAUGACCUCCAAACCCAAAAUGCACUGCCUCCGGAGCCUGAGGCGAGGGCUUUCUCUCAAGCUGGGCUCUGGACCGGAGGACUUCAGCCACCUGCCACCAGAACAGAGGAGGAAGAAGCUGCAGGGCAAGCUAGAUGACCUGAAUAAGGACAUUCAGAAAGAGAUGGACCAGAGGGACGCCCUAACUAAGAUGAAAGACGUGUACGUGAAGAACCCUCAGAUGGGCGACCCCGCCAGCGUAGACCCCCGGCUAUCGGAAAUUGGCCAGAACAUCGAGAAGCUCCAGUUCGAAGCGCAGAAAUUCGAGGGCUGGUUAGCAGAGGUGGAGGAGAGGAUGCCAUCCAAGAGCGAAACGAACCGGAGAAGUGGACUCUAUGAGACCCAGAACAACACGACAGUGAGCAACAACUGUGCACAGGACAGAGAGAGCCCGGAUGGCAGCUACACAGAGGAGCAGAAUUCAGAGACUCAGGUCAAAGCCAACGUCAACCCCACCCUCCCGACCUCCAGCACGCCGGAGUUCGACGAUGAGUUCGACGACGAGGAGACCCUGCCCACCAUCGGCACCUGCAAAGCCUUGUACCCGUUUGAAGGUCAUAACGAGGGCACUAUCGCCGUGGCAGAGGGCGAGCUGCUGUACGUCAUAGAGGAAGACAAAGGAGACGGCUGGACACGAGUGCGCAGGAACGAGGACGAGGAGGGAUACGUCCCCACAUCCUACGUCGAGGUCUUUUUGGAAACAAAUGCCAAAGGUGCUAUGACAUACAUUUAACUCAGCAAGCGUGUUUGUUUGUGUUACUGUGAAGUCAGUAAGUCUCCUUACUGGUAGCUCAGAUAAGAGAAUAUCUCCACACAUACUCACACACGUACUUCCUGUCUCUCUCAGAAGGAAGGGCCAAUCAGAUUUGUCCAUUGUGCCUCAUGACAGUUAGGACAGUUGUUGCUGAUAGUGUGAGUGUGUGUCACAGUGUACUGGACAAAAUGUUUGGCACUGUUUAAGGUAAUGACACUGAAAGCGAGCCAGUGUUUGAGAAGAAGGUUGUAGUUCCUCACUUUACAUUCACUGCAGUGCCACCUAGUGGUCAUAUUAAAAAAAAGACAUGACUCCCCCAGUCAAAGCUGAGCAUGAUGGGAUAAAUCACCCACCGACAAUGAUCACAUGUGCAUUUUAAAACACACAGUACUUGAUUUUUUUUAAAUAUGUAUUUUGUGCUUUUUUUUGUGUUAAGAUUUCAAAUGACAGUAUUUCAUUCAAAUGAACGUGUUUUUAAUCACGAGUUUGAUCCACAACCUCGGUCAAACAUGUGAGUCAGUAUGGUAAUAAAUCGAUAAACUCGGCUGAGUGAAUGUACGCACCAUCUGAAGUGACGAUGAACAUUGUGUUUUGGUCACUUGUUGUAAACUUUAAAGACAGCAUGCUCGAUGUGCAAUCACGCAGAUGUAAUGUCAGUCUUCUGUAAAAUAUAAAUACAUAUUGAAAGAUAUUUUUUUAGGCUAAACAUGAAAAAAAAAAACAAUAAUCAAGAAAUAAAAAGCGCACCCUCCCUCAAUAGUGCAUGAUCUAGAUUAAUCAUGCUGUUACAACAUGGAAAAGUUGUGAAAGUAAUUAUUCUCCCCUAGUUAGGGGGUCAUUUUAUAAAAUUAUUGAUCAAAUUAGUAACUAAUAGCCCUGUUAGAAUGUGCUUUAUUUUCUUUUUUAAUCCACUUUUUUUUUAUUGAUAGUGUUGGGCUGCUCUGGUCCUUUUUUUCCAGGCCAGUGGUAAAGGAAUAAAGGACUGAGAAUUAGCCUAUGCUAAGCUAUAUGGUGAGACGGGGCUGAGAUAUGGAGCUGGUCGUGACUUUAAAGCUUUGUGCGUUGUGGCAUGGUUCUCUGAGCAGCACCCUCCUGAACGGUGCAUUCACUGUUAAAGCAUGGUGUGGUUGAUCUCGGCGUCAUUUCAUCUCACUGCUACAAUAAGACAUUCUGUGCUUCUUUUUUUCAAGAUUGGCUUUGACUCAGAAAUGAUCUCUUUCAUAACUCAUUACACAAGCCUUUGUUUAACUCCCUUUCACAUGUUUUUUAAAUCAGCUUUGAUGGGUUUUUCCAGCACAGCAUGGGGUUCUUCUGUGCAGGACGUCAUUUCAUGUUGGCACUGUAAAAACACAUUUCACGUUUUUCUCGUUUUUGAAGAACAUUUGUUUGCACGCUGCAGCACUUUUUGUCCUCGUCAUGACAUGAUAUCAGCAUGUAAUGUGACAAAGAGAAGUGGCUGCAUUCUAACAUGCAUUCAGACCAAACUAAAGUGGAAUAAGCUGAAAUAUUCUUAGUUAAACAGAUACAUCAUUUGGUUAAUGGAGGUAUUUUUACAAUCACAGUAUGUGCAGAUUACAUUCAUGCCGACGCCACAGUAUUAUCCGUUUCAUUCAAGUAGUUUUCAUAUCUGCAAUGACUUCUGUCUUCCUCCUCUCCAUAUCUGAAUAUUUGGGUUGCUGUCGAUUUUUCCUUUAAAAGCAAUCUAACUUUUCUUUUUGUCAUUUUUUUUUUUGUUUGUUUGUCCGUAUUUCUCUUUUUUUUUUUCUUUUUUUUUUUG